AUGAAGUUCGGGGAGACGCUGAGCAGGUCGCUGAUCAGGCAGUACAGUUACUACUACAUAGCGUACGAUGAUUUGAAGCACGACUUGGAGGACAAGCUGGAGCAACACGACGACCGGUGGGAUGGGACCCUCGAGACGGAAUUCCUUGAGAAGUUAGAGGUGGAGUUGGACAAAGUGUACACGUUCUGCAAAGUGAAGCACGGGGAGGUUGUGCGGCGGGUGAAGGACGUGCAGGAGGAGGUGCAGCGGACGGUUGCGUUGCUGGACUCGAGCACGCCUCCGACGGAGGUCGAUUUCGAGGUCCUGGAGGAGGAACUCAGCGAUAUCAUCGCUGAUAUACACGACAUGGCGAAGUUCUCGAGGCUCAAUUACUCUGGGUUCCAGAAGAUCAUCAAGAAACACGACAAGAAGACCGGGUUCGUGUUGAAACCCGUGUUCCAAGUGCGGCUGGACGCAAAACCUUUCUUCAAGGAGAACUACGAUGAACUUGUAGUCAAGAUAUCCCAACUGUACGAUUUCGUCAGGACUUCGGGGAAACCGAUCAAGGGGGACUCCGCCGCAGGUGGGAAACAACAGAACUUCGUCAGACAGACCACGAAAUACUGGGUCCACCCGGAUAACAUCACAGAGUUGAAACUGAUCAUCUUGAAACACUUGCCCGUGCUUGUGUUCAACACGAACAAAGAGUUCGAGAGAGAGGACUCGGCGAUCACCUCGAUCUACUUUGACAACGACUCGCUCGACUUGUAUUACGGAAGACUCAGGAAGGAUGAAGGUGCCGAGGCACAUAGACUCAGAUGGUACGGUGGGAUGGGUACAGAUACCAUCUUUGUCGAGAGGAAGACCCACAGGGAGGACUGGACUGGGGAGAAGUCAGUGAAGGCGCGGUUCGCCCUCAAGGAGAAACACGUUAACGCGUUCCUCAGGGGCGAGUACACCGUCGAACAAGUGUUCCAAAAGAUGCGCAAGGAGGGGAAGAAGUCCGCCAAGGAGAUCGAGUCCCUCGAGGCGCUCGCGACGGAGAUCCAGUAUGUUAUGCUCACAAAGAGACUCAGACCAGUCGUUAGGUCCUUCUACAACAGAACUGCGUUCCAACUCCCAGGAGACGCUAGGGUCAGAAUCUCUCUCGACACGGAACUGACCAUGGUCAGAGAGGAUAACUUUGACGGUAAGAACCGCACUCACGGCAACUGGAGACGCACGGAUAUCGGUGUCGACUGGCCCUUCAACCAAGUGGAGGACGGCGAUAUAUGCAGGUUCCCCUACGCGGUGCUCGAGGUCAAAUUGCAAACUCAGCUAGGUCAGGAACCACCAGAGUGGGUCAGAGAACUCGUCGGGUCACACCUCGUGGAACCCGUCCCGAAGUUCUCCAAGUUCAUCCAUGGGGUGGCCACUUUGCUCAACGACAAAGUAGAGUCCAUUCCUUACUGGCUGCCACAGAUGGACGUAGACAUUAGGAAACCACAGAUCCAAACGCAAAUCGAUAUCACGAGACCAGCUAGAUCCGACGACGAAGCGGAAGACGGAGACGACGACGUUGAUGAUGAUGACGACGCUGCGCUCGUCGCAGCCAUGACCCAUGCCCCGGGGAACUCGCUGGAUAUCGAGGAAGGUGGCUACGGGUCCAUUGUACCAGCUCCAUCUACACAGCAGCAUUUGCCCAGUGCCAACGCCGCGUACUACCGCGGGAAGAUCACACGUGCGUCGAACAGCAUCUCCAGGAAGUACUACCAGACGGCGGCGUUCUUCGACCACUACUUCAACGGAGACCAGAUCUCAAAAGUACCAAGGGACACGGUCUUCGACACACAAGUGGUUGCCCCCCAUGGCAAGUCGAUCUGUGUGCCCGUUCGUGUGGAACCCAAAGUCUACUUCGCCACGGAGAGGACUUUCCUCUCCUGGCUCACGAUCGCCAUCGUGCUCGGCGGGGUGUCGACGACACUGGUCACGUACGGCACACGCACGUCAAUGGUCGCGUCCGUCGGGUUCUUCAUCACGUCACUCGUCACCAUCGUCCACACAACUGUGGUCUACGCCCGCAGAGUCGUCAACAUCAGAAUGAAGAGGGCCGUCGACUACGAGGAUAAGUUCGGACCAAAACUGAUCUGCGGGUGCCUCUUCCUCGCCGUCCUCUUCUCAUUCUUCUGCAACUACUGA